AUGCAGCCCACCCCACAGACGCAGAGUCUGCCCACGUGGGCGUCCGCGUAUUACAACGCCACCACCACUGCCACCAUGGAUACGUGCAAGCCGCUGGUCGCCGCCAUGAACGAUGAGGAUCCGAUGUACUUGUCCGGCGAGGAAACGGACUGCGACUCGGAGCGUAGCAGUGACACGCUGAGCCGCGAAGACCAGCAGGUCAUGACGAAAUUCAUUAAACUCCACCGCGAGCGCGCUCGUAAACAGGUCCCGGAUGCAGCAAUAGGGCACCCUGACGCCGUCCGUGCUACGCCCGUGCUGAUCCCCUUGCAGUCGCGCAAGUACGUGGCCACGUCUACAAAGCGAUGGCUUUGGGACGAUGACGAUGACGAUGAUGACCAUGACAACGAGGGGGGCGACGACUGUGCCCAGUGCGCGUGCUGCCAUCGCGAGAGCGUCGAGCGCUGGUCAGGCCCUCAGUUGUUGGUUCACGACCUCGUCGCCAAGGAGGCCAAAGAGCCCUCGCCGAGCGACCUCAUGUUCGACUUCGAGCUCUAG